GCCCCCCCCCCCCCCACCCCCGGCGCGGUCACGCUCUCCCGGCUCCCGCUCGGUUCCUGUCCAUCUAUAACAUCCCCAGAAAGUGCACUCACGGGAGGCGCUCGUCACAAAGAACGCCAGCCGAGCCAUGGCCGCCGGUCUCUCCGGCGCUGCUAUGACCAGCUUCGCCGCCAAGAACCCGCUGCUCGCGGCCGCUUCGCGCCGCAGUGUGACUACCCUGGGCGGGCGGGCGGUGCUGUUCUCGCCACUCACCAGCAGGACCCCGCGCCGCCGCGGGCUCGAGACCGUCACGUGCUUCGUGCCGCAGGACACGGAGCGCCCGACGGCUCCGGUGCCUGUGCCGGUGCCUACGCCGGCGCUGGAGGAAGAGGCGAGGGCCACGGCGGCGCGGCGCAUCGCGGAGAGGAAGGAGCAGAAGCAGUCCGAGAGGCGGACGUACCUGGUGGCCGCCGUCAUGUCCAGCCUCGGGGUCACCUCCAUGGCUGUCGCCGCCGUGUACUACCGCUUCAGCUGGCAAAUGGAGGGCGGCGAGGUGCCGGUGACCGAGAUGCUCGGCACGUUUGCGCUCUCCGUCGGCGCGGCGGUCGGGAUGGAGUUCUGGGCUCGGUGGGCGCACCGGGCGCUGUGGCACGCCUCCCUGUGGAACAUGCACGAGUCGCACCACCGGCCGCGCGAGGGCCCCUUCGAGCUCAACGACGUGUUCGCCAUUAUCAACGCCGUGCCGGCCAUCUGCCUACUCGCCUACGGCUUCUUCCACCGCGGCCUCGUUCCCGGCCUCUGCUUCGGCGCCGGCCUCGGGAUUACGUUGUUCGGCAUGGCCUACAUGUUCGUCCACGAUGGCUUGGUCCACCGCCGCUUCCCGGUCGGCCCCAUCGCCAACGUGCCCUACUUCCGGCGAGUGGCUGCCGCUCACAAGAUACACCACAUGGACAAGUAUGAGAGCGUGCCGUAUGGGCUGUUCCUGGGACCAAAGGAGCUGGAGGAGGUUGGUGGCCUGGAGGAGCUGGAGAAGGAGCUCGCGCGAAUCAGCCGGAGCAUUUGAUUUCGACGGCAGCAUCGAGCCAGCAGCCCAGCACAGCUCCGUUCCGAGAUUUUUGCUUUUUGUCGCUUUGUUGAUUCGAUUGCCGAUACUGCAAGUCGGGGAGUCGGGAGCCAGCAGGAAUUUCAUUUGGUUGUGAGUGCUGGAGCACACAUACUAUUAUUUGGUUGUACGGGGAGCGUAUGUUGUUAAGCAUUUGUGUGGUAUGGGGAGGCACAGUUCGUACAUGAAAACGUUCUUUUAUUUUA